GUGGUCAACUUGCACUUGCCGAAUUCCUGCUAAGAUUUCGACUUCUGUACCCCUCCGAGCAUCUUCUUUGGCAAGCAAACCACGAGCCUCUGCCAACCCAGUACAGAAAAAUGCCUCCUAAAUUCGACCCCAACGAGAUCAAGAUCAUCCACCUCCGUGCCACUGGCGGCGAGGUGGGUGCUUCUUCGGCUCUCGCUCCCAAGAUCGGCCCUCUGGGUUUGUCGCCCAAGAAGGUCGGUGAGGACAUCGCGAAGGCUACUGGCGACUGGAAAGGCUUGCGCGUGACCGUCAAGCUUACCAUUCAGAACCGCCAAGCUGCCGUAUCUGUUGUCCCGACUGCUUCUUCCCUUAUCAUCAAGGCGCUGAAGGAGCCUCCUCGCGACCGAAAGAAGGAGAAGAACAUCAAGCACAACAAGUCCGUCAGUCUCGAUGAGAUCAUCGAGAUUGCCCGUACCAUGCGCUACAAAUCCUUCUCCAAGGAACUGAAGGGCACUGUCAAGGAAAUCCUCGGCACCGCCUACAGCGUUGGAUGCCAGGUCGACGGCAAGGCCCCCAAGGUAAUCCUCGAGGGCAUCGACAGUGGAGACAUCGACAUCCCGGAGGAAUAGGCCAGCGUAAAAGCUGCCUUCAUUGUCCACACCAUAAUAAAAGGUAGCAGCUUCGAACAUAAACUGGGUAGAUUCCUUCUUUGAGGAACCACAAUUCAACGUUCUCCUGCUUGCGUACCUGCUCAACUACUCGCGAACCGUGACUGCUUGAGUACGCCGCAAACAGGCAUCCAUUCAGGCAAUUUUGGCGGUAUGAUGCUCACGCCUUGUGAGUAGCUUCAAAUGCCCUUGGCUACACUCUGAAAUAUACCUACUCGCAAUGGUAUAUUUCAAUUUUUGUCCAAGGAAGAAUGACUUUACUUGAUGGCUCUAUACUCACCCCAACACUCUGGCGAUUUUGCCUGUGGGUGUAGGGGUCCAUUAAUUUGGCCUACAUGCGAUCUCUUGUCUCCCCUACUGCGUUACUCGCGAUCUUCUUACUCUCACGGCAAUGCCACGAUAGAGGCUCAGUGGAUCAUUGCAUAGGCAGUGACGACGAAAGACUGGCCGGUGCUUGCGUGCCUACUAGCGCGAAGCCGAAGUGUCUUUGAUUUGUAAAUGUUUUUGAGUCGUAUAAAGAUACCGUGUGUCCAAACACCCUGGUAUCGCAGAGGCAAGUUGCGCAGAAGGAUGGCUGGUGACCAUGGUACGUGCGGUCGCUCGAGAACCACCAUUGGCGGCCUACUCUAUGGCUACCAUGACGGGACACGAGCUUGUCGCAUCAGAAGCCUGUACCAGCGCCAUAACGUCUAAAUCGUUGCUGAGAGGUGAAAAUCAAAUAUCCGUACUACCAUUGCCCGCCGUGACCCCAUCGUACGAAGUACAGAUUGGCACGAAAGAGCUCUCUCUGCCAGGCUCAAUGGCCCCGUAUAUGGCUACUUGACUAGUACUAAAAUAGAACUACUGUGUUAC